AUGGAUGUUAUUGAUGGUCAAAUUAUCAGUACACUGUGUCAUCUUGAUCCGAACUUCUUUGAUGGCUUUCAAGAAAUUCCGAGCAGUGUUUCAGAGCUUGGUGUCGAGAUCUUUUAUCAAGCUAUUGUAAUGUUAGUAUGGUCAUGCAAACCAAGUACUAGGAAGGAAAUUCCAUCAAAACUGCUUCCCCAGAAUAUGUCUGCAAAAUUCCGUUGCGUUACAACCGUUGUCGAUGCAGUGAAGAGCAUUGGGGUGCGUGAUCCUAUAGAUUACCAUAUGUUACUCUAUGGACGAAGCAAGGAGUUGCGUAAUAUUCUUAUUGGUCUCAUAGAAAAAUUACCCAAAGAUUCUGCUGUGGUUACAUCUGCGGAAGAUCCACUGAGAGACCUAAUACGAUCAGCUAUCCGUGACGAGGAAAAUAAGAAUGAGUAUCUUGUAUGGUACAAUUCAGCCCAAGAGGAAGAAUCGGCCUUGUCAGCAAGAAUCGAUUUCGUAGGUUUCUGUGGCGAUGUUAUGGCGGCUUUACAAUGUGAUGACUGGCGAUAUCGUCACAAAGCAUUUAUUUGUUCUUUGUUGGAAAAUAACGCCGUGAACAAUAGUAGGGUACAAAAUUAUCAAUCAGUUAGAGAUGAAAUUUUAGAAAUUCUGCACAUUGGACGUCCCAUUACAAACAAGGGAAUGAAACCACAAUUGAAACCUAAACCAGUUCUUCCUCCAGCAUUGCAAAGGAAGGAAAAAACAAAAAGUGAACAGAAAAUUAAUGAAGUUUCUAAAGUGGAUGUUGAAAAAAGUGAAAUGCUUAGCAAAUUGCUCAAUGAAGUUGUGGCUUUAACAGCAUAUGUAGAUCGUAAGAAAUUUUCAAAGACAGAGAUGCAAAAUGAUGAAGUUGAAAGAUUAUCAGUUUUACGAAACAAGAAGUCUCAAGAGGCUGAAAUUGAUGAACGACUGGGAAAACUGCUAGGAAAUCCGGAUGCUGUUCUGAAACUUGAGAAUUAUAUUGAUGGAAGUAAUGAAAGGAUGCAGCAUCUGCAAAAUCUGUGGUUAAAAGUCAAAGCAGAAAAAGAUGAGGAAGUGAAGACAACACGGCUAGCUGCUUUAUCAUCGGAUUUAACUCUUCCGUACUGCAGUCGACAAACUUCAGCAAAGGAUACAAAACUGAUUGAGAACGAACUUGCUGGUAGAAGAAAAACGCUGGAAAAAUUGAGAAAACAGAUCGAGUCACGUGAAGAGAAGCAAAUUAAUCGAAGUAUUUACACGAAACACAUAUUUGACAUUGUUGCCAACAUUAGGAAGCAGCAAAAUGAAAUUAACAAGAUUGCAGUUGAAAAUCUCAAUCUUCAGAAGGAGAUCAGAUCGAGCGCGGGGAAAUUGGAACGUUCUUUUACUGUAGUUGAAGGAAAACUGUAUGAAGAUGUUGAGAAAGAUGGAUCAAUGCAAAAAGCAUAUAGAUUAUUGAUGAAAAUUCAUGGUGAGUGUUCUUGUGUUAUCGCUGGCAUUGAUUCUGCUGGACAACUUGAACGAGAAAUUGAAGAGUUAAACGAUCAGAUUGCUAUGCAGCAUCAAAAGAACACUGAUGAAAAACUUGAAUGUGUUGUUAACGACUGGAUGGAAAUAAGGAAAGAAAAUAUGAUUUUGAAGGAAUUAUUAAACGAAUGUGAUAAUUAA